GUGAAAGAUGAACCUUGUUCUCCAGAGCACUUCUUACAGAUGCCACCAACCCCGGAUGACACUCAGGAUAUUUGGGAAUUGCUUUGUGCUCCAGAUGUGAAACCCAGUAUCGUAGACAUGGUGGACACUCCACCAAUCACACCACCGCACGUUGAGAGUUCACCCCCACAUAGCCCACAACCACCUUCACCAGUUAGUCUACCUGCCACCACAGUUGUGCUUUCUCCUGCACAACACCAACACCAGACAAGACAACCAGGGAAUGGUACCACUGCCAGUCAAAUCUCUCGGCCAAUCAAAGUUGUAACCAUCACUACAAGGAAUGGAACCAAUGCAUCAGGAAGCACGAAGGGAGGUCGCAUUACUAAAACUAUGAAGAUUCAGCCAAAAGUGGUCACUACUACUACAACACAACCUCAGGUUAUUAGCAUUGUCAACUCCUCUAAUGGGCCAAAGCUCACACUACCAAAGACAGCUGUAAGCAGAAGCAUUAAUGCUGGAAGUACAAGAAUAGUUCAAGUAAAAGCACCUGCCGUUCCUGCCCAAGUCAGUGCCAACACCACGCUUGCCAACCCACUCGCAUCCAUCCUUACUACACAAAUUGGGAGUCAUCCAACAGUGGUUUCAUCUCCACCACCACCCCUAACAACACCCCUGGCACCACUGGCUCCAGCCCUGGCUCCUGGUAUGAAGCAUGGUACCAUGCCAGAUCUGAAGGCUUUCAAAAGGCAACAACGGAUGAUAAAGAACAGAGAAUCUGCAAGUCUUUCACGAAAAAAGAAAAAAGAAUAUCUAACUGCCCUUGAAGGAAACAUUACUGAUCUUCAAAAAGAAAACCAAAAGUUAAAAGAGGAAAAUUCGCGUCUGCACCAAAGAAUUACAUCACUUGAAGCUGUGUGUGCAAGUUUACGACAGUCAGUCAGUCGCAGUCCUAGCAGAAAAACCACAACUGCACUGUUUGCUCUCAUUUUCCUUUUUUCUCUCAACCUGGGACCUUUAACGGGUGUUCUUCUCAGCAGUGAAUCAAAAUUAAACUCCCUGAAGACAAUGAUGCAUGGGAGUAAAGCAUCAAGUAUCACUUCAGGAUUUCAUCAACGUUCACUUCUUUGGUCCAGUGAUGACAUCUCAUCAACUGAGGAUGGACGUACCCCUCAGUUAGCUACUAAUAAUUCUCGUACAUGUCCCAUGUACAUAAAUGCCACAGAAAGCUUAAGGUUAGAAACUGAGCUUCGUGGAUGGUUUGAAAACAAAUUCAGACCAUCAAAGACUGAUAAAAAGAAGGAAGAAAAACGCCGAACAUCUCAUCCCAAAACCAAAGAGGGCAGAAACAGACUUACCAGUCAUACACAUGUCAUUCCAGAAACUCAAGAGCGUGUUGUCAAUGAAGUAUGGAAUGCCUUAGUUCCGCCUUCCCAGCCACCUACCCGUCUCUACCGUUACAUUCACCCUGAUGUGUUGCAGGUGGAUCCCUCUACCAGCAGUGAGGAAGAAACAGCAGUAAUGACAACAGUGCCUAGGCUGUCCUCAUUCCUAGAAGCUAUCCAGCGUCGUGAUGACACGUAUUACGUUGUGUCAUUUUCUCCUGAUCAUCUAUUGGUUCCUGCCACUGCACGUAAUGAUUCUGCUCGGCCUCGUAUGUCCCUGCUCAUGCCUACACCUCGCCCAAUAAACGAGUCUCUGGCCCCUCCUGAUGCUCACAUUGCGAUGAUGCAAAUUGAUUGCGAGGUUAUCCACACCGUCUUGUGCAGUGUAUCUGAGGAAGUUGUGCCUGCACAUCUACGUGCUGGUGGCAACAAUGUUCAUCCAUCAUCAGAUGGCUCUUCUACUGGCCGUCAGGAGAGACGUAGUGGGCCAUGCCAGAUCGCGCCUUUCCUUUCCAGACCCAUUUACCCAACCAAAUAGUCUUUAUGUAAUACUAAAUGCAAAAUUAGUCUGAUUGUACAUAACAUUAAAUCAUACAUAAAUGAAAACUUUAUCAAAAUAUUUUUUUUUUUCAGGGUAAUCAAACUGUUAGGUGCAAAUUGAAAUUAAGAGUAUUUGACAACUAUUGUUUUGAGUGUUAUAUGAAUCUGAUACUGUUUUAUCACUUUGGCAUGAUAGAGAUAAGAAUCAAAUUCUGGUUAAAUGUGUCAAUUUUUAAACUGUACAAACUUGUGUGAAUAUAUGAUAAUUUUAUAAGCUGUAUAUUAAAAGAUCUUAUCUUAUUUUGACUUUAAUGCUGAGUGGUAUACAUUACAAAGAUAAGUUGUAUGUUUGCUUUUUACAUUGGUAUAUUACUGUAGUACAGUAUAUAAAAUAACCUUCAAAAUAACAUUCCAUUUCAUGUCGUUCUUCUCACUUUCUCAUAAAUUGUGUAGAGGUUGUUGAUUAUACAGAAUUUUCAAAAUUGGGUUAUAUCAAUGAGUUAAAGUAAAUCGAUUACCCAAUUGUAUAUUGUACAGUACCUGCUUUGUGACUUUAGAAUAGCAAACUUGUGAAAUAAGUAAUGCAACCACAGUAUGUUCGUUUUAAUUUUCGUGUGUGUGCAUGUGUGCGUGCUGGUGUAGGGUUCAUUAAGGUCUUUGACGAAGUAAUUUUUUUUUUUUUUAAUUGUGUUUAGCACAAUUCUCCUUUAGGUUACUUUUCAGUUGUACUGAAGUCACCCAGAUACUUCUAUCAUCAAAGCAUAACCCUAUAUUAACAUUUACAUUGCCUGUUGUACUGUAAAUGCAAUAGUUUUUGUAAAAUGAAAAUUAAUAGUUCAAAACUUACCAUAAUGCAUUUCCCGUGGAUGUUUUUGUAUAUAUAUAUAUAAAUAUAUAUAAAUAUAUAUAUACAUAUAUAUUUAUUAAUUUUGUUUGUUUUCUAUAGGAUUUAUAUGGCUGUGAACUUCCGUUUUUCCUCACAUGUUAAUGUGAAUAUAAAAAUUUAUUUUAUUUUGUAUAUUAAAUGUCACUUAUUUUGUUUCAGAGAAUAGUACAAUACUCUCAUUGUACUUCAAAAUGUUCAAUUAUUAAUGCAAGUUUAGAGUUGUAUAAGGGCGCUGAAAAUUUCUCUGGUUAAUGACGUGGUGAACAAUUCAUAGUUGACAGGGUGGUUUUGCCUCUGUUCAACUUCUAUUAUUGUAAGAAAUAUUGCUUAAAUACCAGAAUUAGCUACCUAAAGAUGAUUCUAGGGGCUUACCUUCUCUGCAGCUUAGUCCCAGGUCAGGUCUCUUACUUGGUCUGAUGAAUAUGGUUGUUUGGUGCUAGCUGUAUUGCAAUCCAACAUAGGCACCACAGCCUGGCAAAUGAAGAAUUAACUUGAAUUUUUCCAUUUCCCUCUUGAAGACAGCUAGGCUGUGAUUUGUAAGAUUUAUUGCCCACUGAUUGUUUCUAGAUUUGUAUUAGGAUUGGGACAGCCAAAUCUCUUGAUGUGUUUGAUUAGUGUACUGUUCUCGUGUACUUCAUUGCUUACAUAAUUUAUUUAUUCUGUAACGGUAGUCAUAUCAGUUUUGUUUAACUUAAGUGGCAUUUUGUUCUUAUCUACUAUAUCUCUGUUCUGUGGGGGUCACCCCUUGUAUGUAUUCAUAAUUCAUAUUGCGUGUCAGAGUAGCCUUGGAUUUCAUGCAAAGUAUUGGCUAGUUCAGAGAGAUCAGGCAAGAAAUUCUAGAUUUAGAGAAGAGAUGCUGGUCAAUAUUUCAGUAAUCUUUACAAAUAUACUGUUAUAGCCAGUAAAUUAUGUGGUAGUUUUGAAGACUCUUUUCCUGUCUCUCUGUCAAUUUUUUUAUUUGAUGCUAUUUAUUGCAUUAUUUAAUAUCUAAUUUAUUGUUUCUCAUGGGUGCUACAAGAACUUGGGUGCCCUGAUAUUUUACUGUGACUUGCAUCUUUGUUCAUGUAAUUGAAAGUUCUUUAUCUUUAAUGGUUCUCCAGGUAUAUAUAUAUUUAGUUACUGGUGCCAGGAGUGUCAUCUUACUCUAAAGUAUGGAGGAUGCUUUGAUGUAGGUAUUACAGAACUAGGAAACUGUUCCAUGGUACUUGAUGUACGAGAAGCUAAUGCUUUUGCACUUUUAUAAUUUAUUGUUAUGAAAAUAAAAAUUUAAUUAAUAA